AUGCUAGAGACUUCGAGUCAGCAAGAGCGUCAGCCAGGCGACGAGGACAGCGCCCACACUCUCACCACCCACUCGUCUUCUCCAAUAGCCAUCCGCCUCAUCAAUCGGCAAGCCAGCGACCACCCAACGAGCGGAUCGCCCCACGCAUUCCGACUGAGCACGUCGAUUGCGGAUGGCAGGCGAAUUCUGGUUCGCUGCUGCCUGCUCGCGGUAGGAUUAACGGGCAGAGGUAUUCAGGACCGCAGGCUUCUGCGGCCAGCCCAAGCCGCCGGAGGCAUGCGCGUCGUCCCUAAGAUGGGUAAUGCGGAAAAUUGUUCUGGAGGUGCCACGGGCGCCCGCGCGGCGUUUGGAGGGAUAUCUACCUCCCAACUUGUCUCAGUAGCGAACCCGACGAAGUUCUCGGGGUCAUUGAGGGACUUUCUGAGACUCCCGAGCCGCCGGAGGCACGCGCGGGGCUACUACAGCGAAGGACGCGAUAUCAUGGUAAAAUACAUCGAUUCUGGCCCGUUCAGGCAUCGUGCAUACGUUGCAGACGCCAUGCAAGCCGGUCUUCCGGGCCUUUCAGACUACAUCUCGAGAAUCGCCUCAAACUUCUCAUUCGAUUGA